UCCUGAGCUCCGGUCAACGAUUCCGGCUAACAUCUUCUCAGAUUACCAAAAAUUUCACCGUAAAAUCCACCUAAAUUCGCAAAUUAAUAAAUUAACUGUUUACUUCAAAAAAAAAAAAAAAAAACAAUGCGACGCAGACCGGGAAUCGGUGGUUUACAGACUGCCGCCGCAGCUAGGGAUCAAUAUAGAUUAUUAGGUGAAAAUGUAGCAAAGCUAAGAACAGAUCUUAUGAAAGAACAGCUUUCCACUUUUCGGUCUCAGUUAGAAGACUUUGCUCGUAAACACAAGAAUGAUAUUCGCAAGAAUCCUGCAUUCAGAUCACAGUUUCAUGAGAUGUGUGCAAAGGUAGGAGUAGACCCACUAGCAUCGAAUAAAGGUUUUUGGGCUGAGCUUUUAGGGAUUGGUGAUUUUUAUUAUGAACUUGGGGUGCAAAUUGUUGAUAUCUGCUUGGCCACCAGACCUCAUAACGGGGGUUUGAUCAAUUUGGAGGAACUCUGCAAGAUCCUAAGUCAAAGAAGGAAGGGCGCUCGUGAGGCGGUGUCUGAAGAUGACUGCUUGCGUGCAAUCAGUAAAUUAAAGGUGUUAGGGAGUGGUUUUGAAGUGAUUACUGUUGGGAAAAGAAAGCUUGUCCGUUCUGUUCCAACUGAAUUAAAAAAAGAUCAUAAUGAAAUUUUAGAGUUGUCCCAGGCUCAAGGUUUUGUGACAGUCGAAGAAGUAGAGAGACGCCUUUCAUGGUCCACUGGCCGUGCAACUGAUGCCCUUGAAACUUUAUUAGAUGAGGGCCUUGCAAUGAUUGAUGAUGGCCACAGUGAUGGGAAACGGCGCUAUUGGUUCCCCUGUGUCUCAUCCGUCUCUUCCUUUGUGGCAUCUGAGACUCUAUGAUUUUUUCUUCUUCAUGUUCUGACUUGUUGAGAGCCAUCCUCCUCUGAAUGCAGAAAGGUCAGAUGUAGAAAAGAAAAAAGUAAAAGGCGAAUCAUGUAAUUUCAUGUGCUUAAUUAUCUGAGAAUAUUCAAUGUACAAUAAACAAAUUCCUGAUCUAUGUAUUGUUGGUCUUGUUGCUAUUCCUCGGUGAGAAUCCCGUUUCCCAACAAGAAAUGAAUGAAAUAGAAAGUUAACCCCGUUUUUUUAUUGCAAA